CCCGAGCAGCCCUUGCAGCAUGGCCGCCGGGACCGCCGCCGCGUUAGCGUUUUUAAGUCAGGAGAGCCGAGUCCGAGCCGGGGGUGUUGGGGGGCUGCGGGCCCCGGCUCCAGUCACUAUGGACAGUUUUUUCUUCGGAUGUGAGCUCUCCGGCCACACCCGCUCUUUCACCUUCAAGGUAGAGGAAGAGGAUGAUGCAGAGCACGUGCUGGCUUUGACCAUGCUCUGCCUCACUGAGGGGGCCAAAGAUGAGUGUAAUGUGGUAGAAGUUGUGGCCCGGAACCAUGACCACCAGGAGAUUGCAGUCCCUGUGGCCAACCUCAAGUUGUCCUGCCAACCCAUGCUCAGUUUGGAUGACUUCCAGCUCCAACCUCCUGUAACCUUCCGCCUGAAGUCAGGUUCUGGUCCUGUGCGGAUCACUGGCCGCCACCAGAUUGUUACUGUAAGCAAUGAUGUUUCUGACGAAGAAGAGAGUGGAGAAGAGGGGAGUGAGGAGGAGGAAGCUGAGUUGUGCCCCAUCCUUCCGGCCAAGAAGCAGAAGGGCAAGCCCUAGCCUUUCUUGGUCAGCUAGCUGCCUGCCAUGCAUGCCAUACACCAUGCUGCUGUACAAGUAUCAAGAAUUUUAAAUGUCUUCAUUCAAAAGGGAGGGUAGGGUGGGAGGU